CGAAAAUAAAAACUAAGCUUUAAAAACAUCAACACUACAUAGAACAAGGUACUAGGAAAGAAAAAUGGAUAAUCCUAGGCAUUUCGUUUUGGUUCAUGGAGCCUGCCAUGGAGCAUGGUGUUGGUACAAGGUUGUUGCUCUAUUGCAAUCUUCUGGACAUAAAGUCACAGCACUAGACAUGGCUGCUUCUGGUAUCCAUCCAAAACAAGUGCAUGAGCUUGAUUCUAUUACAGAUUACUAUGAACCAUUGAUUGAAUUUGUAAGGUCAUUGCCACAAGAUGAGAGGGUAAUCCUUGUAGGUCAUAGCUCAGGUGGGAUUGGUAUAUCUAUGGCUAUGGAACUUUUUCCAAAGAAAAUAGCAGUUGCUGUAUUUGUUGCAUCCAUCGUGCCUUCUCCUGAUCUAGGCUUCGUCACUAUCAACAAGGAGUAUCCUCAUAGAUCGGAUUUCAAUUUGGAAAGAAAGAUUAUAUUUGAUGAUAGCUCAAAUAAUAAAUCAAAUGGAUCCAUAAUACAUGACCCACAAUUCUUAGCAUCCAAUAUGUAUCAACUAUCUCCAUCUGAGGACUUGUCUCUUGCAACUUUAUUACAAAGGCCUACUCGUACAUUUGGUGAUCAAGAAUUAUUACAAAAGAAAACAAAUGUUACAAAUGAAAAUUACGGAAUUGUGGCUAAAGUAUGCAUUGUGUGUCAACAAGACAAAUUGUUAAAGUAUGAUUUUCAAUUGUCAAUGGCUGAACGAAAUUCUAAAAAUGAUGUCAAAGUGAUUCCUGAUGCUGAUCACAUGCCCAUGUUCUCUAAACCUCAAGAGCUUUUUGCAUAUCUUCAAGAAAUUGCAGAGAUAUAUUAUUAGCAAUUUAGUAUGUAUGUUGAUUGCUGGUUUGAAUUUUAUAAUUAUUAGGGUUAAUAAAUAAUGCAGAUGAAGCAAAAUCAAAAACAUGAAGCUGACUGUCCAUGCUAGCUCUGCAUGUAUAUGCAUGGAUUAAUGUCAUUUAUAUUUUUGAUUAUAUUUGGUUGUUAGAUGGUUAGUUACAAUGUUGAUGCGACACUAACUAACCCUUGUAAUUUAUAUUCAUAUAAAUAUCUUGGAUGUAAUUGUUUUUCGAUCAUUCAAUGAAUCAAUGCGAAAGUUGCAUCGUCUUCA